AUGGAUUUCAAUGCUGAUUUGCAAGAUAGGCUUCAAAAAGCCUUUGAUGAAAUUGUGAGAUUGAAGAAGGAAAACUUUGAAGAAUCUUGCCAGCGCCAACAAGUUGAGAAGGAGCUCCUAGUCAUCCACAAGACAGCUAAGAAAUUGCAGGAGUACCUCUUAAAAGAUACGCAACGUUCAAGACAAAUUGAGGAAGCUCGUGCCACAGAUCAGUACUUGAUAAAAAAACUGAAAAAAGAGAUUGAAUUGCUAAAGAUCCAGCGUGAUGAAUAUCUUGAAAAACUCUGCCGAGCAGGUGAGCAGAUGUCACCCCAACAGUCAGAAGUGGCUUCAGAAGCUUAUGAAAAGGAUAAACACGAGAUGGAAAUACUGAGAGAGGAAAUGAUUCAGCUUAAAAUCGACCGAGACAAAUACCUCACAAAGUUUCAGGAGAAAAAUGAACCAAAUUUGGCGCCAAUGGAGUGUGUUUCUGAUACCGAUUAUGAUACUAAUGUCCUAGAAAAUGAGUUAGAAGCACACAGACGCACCCUUGACGACCGUUUGCAGUCUGAUAGGGACAGCACAAUCAGAUAUCCUGAAAAACACGCACAGUUUUCCUUGGCUGAGCUGAAGCUGGCGACAGAAAAUUUCAGCGAGUCACUAAAGAUUGGGGAAGGUGGGUAUGGGCGUGUCUAUAAGGGCACUGUCUGUGACACCGCAGUGGCCAUUAAGAUUUUACGCCAUAAUGAGAACCUCCAGGGCUUACUGCAGUUUCAGCGUGAGGUUUUGAUCCUUACCAAAGUGAGGCAUCCACAUCUUGUCAAUCUCUUAGGAGCCUGCGAUGAAGUGGCUGCUCUUGUGUACGAAUAG